AUCCGGAAGUGGGCUUUCGGAUUCUUGUUUAUUCGGAAGGCCUUGUUAUUUUACCAUUCCAAAAACAAUCAAGUUUGUUGGAACUUGCUAGUGUCAUCACUCAGCAUCAUUCACUGUAGACCCUCUGUAGAAUGGUAGAGAAGCUGACAAAAGGGUGAAUGAACAUAGAAGCAGUUAUGAGACAAGACUGGUCAACUGAGAUCUUGGAUCGUGGAAGCAUUAUUAUACUUUUUGUGAAUUACACAUUCUUUGCCAUUGUUUUUCUGAUUUUUCUGCUGUUUGUUUUGUGUUUUUACCAAACUACGUCAGCACCUUCUGAUAUAAUAACAUCGUUGCUACUAGUAGCUUUUAGUUUUCUGAUUGCUAAUAUUGUUAUAGCAGACUAUGUGGUUUAUGUUUUAAAAUCAAACAAGGAAUUAAAACCUAUAUUAUAAAACUUAAAUUCAACAAGAACUAAAACCAUAAAGAUUUAAAAUGUAUAUUGAAGACAUGGACAUAAUGAUUAUAUACUUCUAAAGAAUGAAUAUUAUGCAGUUAUAUUUGAAUUGAUUUUGUAAAUUCAUGUUUUAAAAUGACAAGUGAGUUAACAAAAUCCCGAAGUUUAAAGAUAGUGAAACGACCAAAUGUAGACAUAGGAAUCAUAGAAGUGAAUACAAAAGACAAUCUUGAUAUCAAUAAAGAAUUAUCCGGAAGUCUUUCUCCAACAACACCAUCAUCAAAAUUUUCUACAUCACUGAUUAAAACAUCAAAUGACAGUAUUAUUGAUGGCAUAUUUCUAAGUCACUGGGACAACAUCUUAGGACCUAGGAUUGAUCAUUUAUGGACAUUUCCUAACAAGCCCCAUUACUCUCAUGUAGUUUUAAAGAAAGUUUGUAGCCAGUCACUAAGCGGAGAAAUUUGUCGUGAAUUUGACAAUUGUUUUAUUGAUUAUAAGUUCUUUUCUAAUGCUGACGAUGGAACAGUUGUACCAGUGUUCGUAUUCACAGCCAACACGACAAUGGGACCAGCAGUUCAUUCUUUAUCACUUAUUAUAAACAAAUGUGAUCUAACAUACUUCCUACAAAUACAGCAUCUAGUCAUCAGAUGUAUGGAGAGACUGGUCGGCAAACUGAGGAUUCUUUUACACAAGCCAUCUGGUCCUGCUAGUGAUAUCAUGGAUUCAUUUUUCAUUCUGAAUGAUGAUUGUAUUAAUUGUCUGUCGCUGAUCAAAACCAAUUCUUUACCUACUAAUGUUAAGCUUGGAGAAACCUAUUUUUGUCCAUCUCAUACAUUAGAGAGAGAAUUUCUACAUAACUGCAUAGCAUCACAUUUAAUGACCUUUGGUAAAACCCUCGUUAUAGGUGACAAGGAAGAAAAUAUUAAUGCUAUGUUAUACACACUGUGUCUGUUUAACACUGAAGAAGAAAGAAAAUGUUCAUUGCUGUAUAGUGGAGAAGAGAAAAUUACAUAUCACCAUGAUCUGUGGUUACAGGGAAUGAUGAGGAAACCACAUCAAAGAAUUAAAUUACCUGUUCAUGAGUUAUUGUAUAGCAAGUAUCCAUCAAGUGUUAUAGACAUAACAGCUAUGGAUAUCAAACAAUCUCCACAUUUCUCUGACCACAUGGUACACAGUCAUAACGCACAAAGAAAUGAACUACUGUCUAUAAUGGGAGGAGAAAACACAGUCAUUCCACACCCCACAGGUGACAUCCUUAGCUCAGUUUCCUACACUGAAACACUGGUACACAGCCUUUUAGAAGAUCUAGACAAAUUACCCCCUACUUGUGGUGUUAGAGAAGCAUUUAUAGCUCAGUUUAUGAGGACAAUCCAAAUGAAAGCUUUGUGCCUUAUCAAGUAUUUGGAGGGCGAAACGAAUAGUGGUGUUCAACCAUUUAGAGGAGGAAUGAAGAAAAUUCGGCAUGACCUUUGUUUGCCUGCAGAUGGAGAUUUAAUGAUGGUACUAGCUGCUGCAGAAAAACUAAAACCAGGACUAUAUUGGUUCAUAAUGAGAGAACAGAAUAAUGUCUAUUAAUUCCUUCUAUGCAUUUGUAUCUGUGAUAUGGCAGGUCUUUUCUGUCAAACAUUCAAAAAUACAUGAAUAAAUUAUUUAUAUUAUAAAACUU